CCCCCUUUGACCUAGUGAGACUUUGCCUACCCUACACAGCGUUACUGCAUGGCUCACUUAUAAGGCAGAGACAGCAAAUGCAGUAGAUACCUUGCUGAAUUGAUGUUCUAGCGGCGUAUUCCACACAAUCCCUCUUGGCGCCAGCCUGUCAGAACAGAUGGACGCUGCGGACCGGCUUAUCCUCUGGUCCGUAGGGAAAUUGGCUGUGGGUCAGGGAACAACAACCAAGUGGCGUCUCAACAGGAGGCACACGAACGAUCUUUGCUUCUCAUCAUCAUCAUCCUGAGCCUAGGUUUGCGCGUGUGAGGGCAUAACUCCCGACACAGCCCUAUACAAAAUCCUUUAUGGAACCAGACCACACCGCACCAGCCACACACUAUCUGACACCAAUUGACCUCCAUUGUAUCGUCAAUUUAUCCCCGCUUACGGUGACGCGCGUAUCCGACAGCUGCAAGGCUUCAACUGCAUCAAUGUCCCUCACCGUUGACGAUGAUACCGGCACCAAGCUGCACUAUACUGCGCAUAACUCUCGGGGCCACACGACUGUGGUGCUGAUCCACGGCGCCUUCGCCUCCGGCCUCUACUGGGAUCUAGUCCUCCCGCAUCUUCCCAGCUCCUACCACCUGCUGGUCCCCGAUCUUCCAGGCCAUGGCCAAUCUCACGCCGUCACUCCUUUCUCGGUAGAUCUCUCGGUCCGCCUCGUCGCUGACCUCAUCCGCACACACGCCAUCAAUGGGUUGGCACAUGUCAUCGGCCACAGUCUAGGUGCACAGAUCGCCAUCCAUCUGGCUUCGGCGCAUCCAGACCUGGUCAACUCCGUCUUCAUCUCUGGCUUUGAGCUCUUCCCCCCAACAGCGUUAACACCCUAUGUGCCUUACGCAGCAUGGGCCAUGUCUCGUGUAGAAAACUGUCUCCCCCGUUCCUUGCUCCGCUGGGCAAUGGACGGCGCAGAUCUGCCUCUCAUCGAUACUAACGCUUGCACACUCGAAUUAUGUCGACAGGUCGUCUCGCCGGUAACUACGUCUACAACCCAGUGGCCGUCGCCGUGGCGUGCACGCACCCUGAUCGUUGCUGCAGGGAAAGGCGGGUUAAUUCCAAGCAGCGACCACCCGCAUGAUGCCGUCAAGCUAAUGGAGAUUGGGAGAGAGUUGAACCCGGAGACGGUUGCGUAUACGCACCCCAGUAUGAGGCAUCCAUGGAAUCGCCAAGCGCCUCUUCUCUUUGCGGAAACUUCUGAGGCGUGGUUUGAACAGAAAGAGCUGCCGGGAGGGUUUGUGAAGCUUUAAGCAGUCCACUGGACGAUUCUUCCAUGACGACGCCAUAAUUUGCAAUGGUUAGUGCCUUUACUUGUUCACUGCGUUAGAAUCUUGUCAUUAGGUGAUAGAGUUCUCAUGGGAUAACUAGACCUCAAUUAAAUCUACUCAGGCGUGGCGGCCGUGGUGGUGGCCUUGUCGAGAAAUGUCCAAGAAUCAGGGACGAUGAUGAAGACGUACGCGGACGACAAACGUCGACGGACGAUGAUGGCGAAGUCCAAGAGAGAGAUGAGUGGGAAAGAGUGGCCCCCCCCGGGCGGUCAAGACGGAGGCAGGCGCGUAGCAUUUCGGGAAAAGGGGGCCGCCUCCGGCGCCGGAGGCCGGGGCGGGCGGAGCGGGUCGGGCGGAGCGGGUCGGGCGGGCGGACUAUUGAUCCGGCUCUUUAGGAAGGGACUGGAAGGAAUGGGAAUAUUUACCGGUUGGUUGUAUGUUUUUGACCUUUUGGUUUACUUCUCUCG